GCAAAAAUAUCGAGAGAGAGAGAGAGAGAGAGAGAGAGAGAGAGAGAGAGAGAGAGAGGGAGAGAGUGGGGGAAAGAGGCUCUGAAGAAGAUGGGGAGGAGUCCAUGUUGCUCCAAGGAAGGGCUGAACAGAGGAGCCUGGACUGCCAUGGAAGACAAAAUCCUCACUGCUUACAUCAGAGCCCAUGGAGAGGGCAAAUGGAGAAACCUCCCCAAGAGAGCCGGAUUAAAGAGAUGUGGGAAGAGCUGUAGACUAAGAUGGCUGAAUUACCUGAGACCGGACAUAAAACGCGGGAACAUAUCUCGGGACGAAGAGGAACUCAUCAUCAGGCUCCAUAAUCUCCUUGGUAACAGAUGGUCUCUAAUAGCUGGAAGACUACCGGGGCGAACAGACAAUGAAAUAAAAAACUACUGGAACACGACACUCGGGAAGAAAGCCAAGCCAUCAGCUCACUCGCCAACUUCUCCUUCAUCGCCCAAAGGCAAGGCAAGAUCUCUGGUCUCCCCCUACCACCCUACUGAGCCGCCAGCCUCAACUCCAGCAGCUAAGGCCACACGGCCUCAAGCCGUACGAGCCCAAGCCACCCGGUGCACCAUGGCAGCUGAUCUUGUCACCUCAAACACCAACCCUCCAUUUGAUGUGCGUCAUCGGGUUGACCCGAAUUCACAAAAUGAGCGCUGCAUCGACCAAUAUGCCCAAGAUUUGGAAAUUCCGAGAAUCCACCAUAUAACUGAUCGCCAGGAUGUCCAAGAAAACUGCUCCACUGAUUUCGACUUCUCCAACUUUGGGUGCGGUGAUGACCGAGUCCAAGCAAGCAAUGAUGAUGGAGGUGAAAAGGGGAAUUACUUUGGGAAUUACUAUAACAGUCACAUGUCAAUGGAACUGGCGAUAUUGGAAGAUUGGGCAGGCAAAAGUGGGGAUGUGGAUGAUACAGGUGUUAGUGUCGAAGUAGUUAAGGACACGUUCGACAUCGAGUCCUUGACAUUUUUGUUCGAUUCCGAGCAAUGGACUUGCCCGUGAAUAUACAAGAUUCGCCCGACAAAUUCGGGCGACGGCUAUAAUGUAAAGUUACGUGAAAUUUUCAAUACUUGGUGUAACAUAAGUCAUACCAAAUAAUUAAGAAUUUGGAGAUGAUUAGUUAACUGGGCGUGCAUGCCCAUUAGUACG